AUGUCUAUGAAUGAUGGUUUCUUUGAGGUUCGUUUUCCCUCUGAGGAGGAUUUACUUCAAGUGUUAUCUCGGUUUCAUACCUUCCAAGGACGUGCGAUUAUUGUGAAGAAAUGGCAUAAGAGCAUCCAACUAGAAAGGGAUAUAUUGGCUAUGGUACCAAUAUGGAUGAAGGUUUGUGACCUGCCCGUCCAUACACGUAGUGGGACAUCUAUAUCAAAGAUUGUAUCUAAUAUAGCUAAACCAUUGUAUAUGGAUGAUGUGAUUGAAAGUCGUGAUAAAGGUUUGUACGUUCAUGUUUUGGCUGAGAUGGAGGUGGAUGGUGUUUUUCUAGAAAUCAUACAAACCAGAUUACAUGGGCUGCAGUGUAAAGUAAAGGUUGAAUAUGAAUGGAAGCCUCAAGUAUGUACGUUUUGUAAGAAAAUGGAUCACCUCGACGCUAUGUGUCCUAUGAAUAAAUCUAAACCUCUCAAACCAAAGGAGAAGUGGGUGGUAAAGCCAAAGAUCAAAGACCAGGAAAUAGGGGAUUUGGUUAGUAUUCAAGAUGAAGUUGUGCCAAAGGAUGGGAAUGAAGACUUGGAGGGUUUUACAGUUCAGAAAAAAUUUAAAGGAAAGUUGAAGGUGCUUGAUGAAAUUCCUAUUAGAGAGGAGGUUGUAAAGACUGGGGUUAUAGUUAUUGAUGAAAAGAAGAAUGAUGAAGAGGACUCUAAUUCUUCUCCUAUUCAAUUGGAGUUAUUGGAAAAUGUAGUUUAUUCUCAGGAAAUUGUCAAGGAGACCCAAGAGGAAACAAGUGGCCGUAUAUGGUGUGGUUGGGAUUCUUUGAAGAUUGGGGUGGAUGUUAUUGUAUCUAAGGAUCAACUGAUUAAUCUGAAAGUGAAUGUUAGAGGUACUGCUAUCACUUUUUUUGUCACUAUUGUUUAUGCUAAAAACACUGCUAUGGAAAGAGGUCAGUUAUGGAGGGAUUUAGAAGAUGUUAAUCAAGUGAUUGAUGGUCCAUGGUUGUUAUUGGGUGAUUGGAAUAUUGUUAGGUUUAAUAGUGAGAAAAAGGGUGGAAGAAUUCACUCUCCAAGGGUUUUUGCAGAUUUUAAUAAUACAAUUGAUAAGUUGUGUUUAUCUGAUAUGCAUGUGGCCAAUGGUGUUUACACUUGGUGUAAUAAAAGGUUUUGUAGUAGGAGAAUAAAUGCUAAUUUAGAUAGAGGUUUGAUGAAUGAGGAGUGGGCUUUGGUUUAUCCAGAUUCCUUUGUGUUUCUGACUCCUCCAUUAACUUCAGAUCAUUGGGGUUUAUUUUUCAAUUUGCCUGUUGAGAUUGCUUCUAGUCCUAGACCUUUUAGAUUCUUAUUGGGUGCUCAGUUCAAGGGGGAUUCAAUUUCAAAAUUGUUAUACAAAUUGAAACUUUGUAAGAAGGAUGUGAGACAGUGGAAUAUUGACAAAUUUGGUUCAAUCUAUGAAGAAGUUAUUUCCUGUAGAAACAAAUUAGAAAAGUUACAAGUUUUAUUGGCUGCUGAUCUUACAAAUGAUGAGCUGAUCAGGAAGGAGGAUGAGUGUAGGUCUAAUCUGGAGGCUGCAGUUUCAAAUGAAUCUAUUCUUUUAGCUCAAAAAUCAAGGGAGGAAGAGGUGUUUAUGUUAGAGGCUGAAGUUAUAAAGGAGGAGGUGAAAGAUACAAUCUUUGCGAUGGGAUUUGAUAUAGCUCCUGGUCCAGAUGGAUUUUCAGCUAGAUUCUUUCAACAAUAUUGGUCAAUUGUUGGGGAGGAUUUUACUGCAGCAAUAUUCAUGGUGGCUAAAAUUUUAGCUAAUCGUCUAGCUAUGGUUUUAGGGAGAUUAGUAGGUAAUGAACAAUCAACCUUCAUACAUGACAGAAGAAUUCAAGAUAACAUCAUCAUUGCUAAUGAGCUCAUGAAGGGGUUUGGGGCUAAGAGGACUAGUCUAACACUGGCUUGGAAAAUUGAUCUGAGAAAGGCUUAUGAUUCAAUGCAGUGGACCUUUUUGCUGAAAUUAUUAAAGUUAGUUGGAUUUGGGGAUCAGUGGAUAAAGUGGAUUACAGAGUGUAUUUCUUCAGUGUGGUUCUCAAUUCUCAUCAAUGGUACUCCACAAGGUUUCUUUCAACCAGAGAGGGGUCUUAGGCAUGGGUGUCCUCUGUCUUCCCUUCUAUUCACAUUGGUUACUGAUUAUUUUUUUGGUAUGAUGGACUUGGAGGUUCAGAAAGGUAGGGUGGAACUUAAUAGAGCUGUUAUUAUCCCAAUGGUUCAGUACUGGACAUCAGUUUAUGCUCUUCCUAUUGCUGUUUCUAGUUGCAUUGAAAGGAGAAUGAGGAACUUUGUGUGGGGUCAUGUUGAAAAUACUAAAAAGAUGCAUGGCAUAAAAUGGAAGAAGAUUACUGCUCCCAAUGAGGAAGGGGGUUUAGGAUUGAGAAGAAUUGCAGAUAUUGAUACUGCUGAGAAGAUCACUGUCUGGAGGAGUAUUAUUGUUGUUAGAGAGAUUCUGAAGGUCAAUUGCAGAUACAUUAUUGGAACUGGGCAGAAUAUUAAAGUUUUUAUGGAUCCUUGGUGUGAAGGCAGUGCCAUGGUUUUGACUCGCAAAGAGUCUUCUCGUCAUGUCAGAGUGGAUAAGCAGGUUGAGGAGCAGCAUAUUGCAGGGUUGCAAAUUUCAGUACCGGCACCAGCACCGGUACCAGUUGCUAAUGAGGCAUUAGACUACUUUAUGAAUCUGCUUGCUUCAGAGGCAUGGUUUGAUCUCAUGGUACGCAAGCUCGAUAGCAUAGCAGUACCUACAGACUGA